UGCAAAAAAGAAAUAUUUGGUAUUAUUGUUUCUCUGUUUAAAUUCUUUAAUAAAAUUUUGAUGUCAGUGUUCUGUUUGUGUUGUCCGAAGAUAAGCAGAUUCAUCCAACAUUUUGAACAAUGGCUAAAUCAAAAUUCCUCGUCCCACUACUCGAUGUACUUCUAGGCAAGUAUUUUGGCGAAGAAAUUACCGUUCUCGACUCCAGCACCUACACAGUCCCCCUACCCGUAACCAAAGUAUCCCGUUACGAACUGAAAGUAAAAAUCUUCAAAAGAGUAUCGCGCCAAGAAGAAAAACUUGAUUUAUUUAUCAAACUCUUCGAACCAGACGUAAAAAUCCACAUUCGCCUCGAUCUCCUGACCAGAUUCAAGAAAGAAGUGGACACCUACAACCUCACAAUCCCCGCUCUAACCGAGUUUCAACGCUUGAACGGGUUUCCAGAGGAUCAGCUUUACAGCAACAUGUUUGCUAAGUGUAUUGGAGCCAGAGUUAGUGUCGAAGACGACAAAUCUAUACCGGAUAAGACAGCAGUUAUAAUCCUGGAAAAUUUGAAAUCUCUAGGAUACGCAUCGGAGAAUAUUGUAUAUGGUGGUUUUGAUCUGGAAGCUGCCAGAUUGCUCGUCCACAACCUGGCUCAGUUUCACGCAGUUCCUUUGGCAAUGAGAAUUAUGCAUCUGGAUGUGUUUCAGGAGAAGGUGGUGCCCAGCAUGGCGGAGUUCAAGAAACAUACAAAGAAUCCUGAAUACUACAAAAUAAUAGAUUCGAUUAUCAAGCAAGGGAUUGAAGGUGAUAACGAGCUAGAACCUCAUCUGGAUGCCAUUUUCAAUGCUAUAGAGUUUUCCAAAGCAAACACCUGGUUUACGAAAUAUUAUACUGACGAAACCUGGAUUACACUAUCGCAUUCGGAUUACAGCAUUCUAAAUUUGAUGCUGAUAAAAGACGAUAAGGGUCAUGCUCUGUCUAGCAAGAUCGUGGAUUUGCAAGUGUUCGAAUAUUUGCACUGCACGUCUGAUCUGCUCUAUUUCCUGUUUACCAGCGUGGAGCAGGAGGUUUUGAAGAAAAAUUACGAAGCACUGGUGAAGAUUUAUUUUGAGCGGUUUCUGGAAGUUUUGACUCAGUGUCAGGUUUACACGGGAGAGUACACCUUGAAGAAUUUCUAUCAAGAACUGACUAGUGAAGCGCCGAAAGUUUUGAUUAACAUUCUGCAGGCAUUGCCUUUUGUCACCUGCGAGAAGUGGCCUGAAGAUGGGGAGCCAGUUCUGACACCAAAAUACAAGAGGAAGGUCAGGGACACCUUGCUGUUCAUGAUUCGUAAGGGAUGGAUCGAAUAAAAAGCAUAUUAUGUGUGUUGUAUAUUACUAUUUAUUAUAAGAUUUUUUUAAUAAGGUUCUUACCCAUUAAAUUAGUUAGUCUCUGUGGCAUUUUACAAAGAAUAAAUAAUCAAAUUUUAUAUGUA